AUGGUGUCGCAGGUGCUGGAUUUAGGUCGAGGUCACACGGAUUCCGUCACUUCCUUAAGCUUGUCAGACCGUUUGUUAUCGUCUGGUGGCGAGGAUGGUGCCGUUUAUUUUUGGGCACCAGAUCAGAUAUCUUAUCCCGUUCAAAGCACUCCAAGAAUGGAUCCUUGCGCUGCCUUGAAAUUUAAUCCUGAUAAACCCGAAGUUUUGUACAGUGCUCAUGGCGGGCGUAUUUUAGCGUGGGAUUUCCGACAUCUGUCUGCACCUCUAUCCGAAUGGAAUGUAAACGAAGAUGAAAUCAACUCGUUGGAUGUGCUUUCGAACGAAUCCUUCUUGUGUGCCGCUGAUGAUACUGGGGCUGUUCAGGUGUUGGAUAUUUCCACUGGCAAUGUUGCGCGCACUCUCAAGAAGCACGACAACAUUUGCUCAGUUGCUCGUUUUCGUCCAAAUCGUGCAUGGCAGUUGAUCAGUGGCGGAUUGGACUGUCGCAUGAUUGUAUCCGACUGGAAAGGCACUGGACUUGGUGUUAUCAUAUUUGAGCUUGAUGAAAUUGUUGAUUCCAGUUUGUUUUCCGACUAUCAUUCUGGAGGAAACGAUCCUCCUCAAGGGCAUGCUAAUCGGGGUUCUUCCGAUUCGCAUGCAAGUACUAGCGAAUUCGCCGAGGUUGAGUAUGAUGAUCUUGCUGGUACUGAGGAUGAGGAUGAAGACGAAGAUGACCCUAAUUUAGCCGAACAAACUCGUGGUGACACCGAAGGCCAAGCUAGGCGAGCUGGGGAUCGGGUAGUUGGGACUGACGAAGAUGAAACUGAUCGAAUGAGAGAAGUGUCAGACCGUCUUUCCGAAACUCAAUCCGAAGACGAAGAGUCUUCGGAACAAGCGGCUUAUCCUGCCCGAAAUACCUGGUCCGCCGGGCUCCCAAUUAAUCCACCUAUGGUUCACUGCAUUGCAUGUUCACCCUCUGGCGACUUUGCGGCAGCUGGUUUGGAGAAAAGCACCGUUGAGUUGUUCGCUGGCGACGGGAAGCGCCUUAAUCACGUCGAGUCUUUGUAUGGUCAUCGUCGGGCUGUAUCCGCGUUGCAUUUCAUCAAUGGGCGGGUGUGGAUAGAGGAAGGAAGCCAGGAGGUGCCCAAGCAGCUGGCCUUUUGA